GUCAUGCCGACUAUUGUACGAGUGUAGAUCUCGAACGGUGGUGAGGCGGGGUCGCUCAUCACUAGCUAGCUAGCUAGCUGGAUCUCCUCGCUCCCGCAGGCCAAGAGGGGAAGCGAUCAUCUGGUCAUGAGCACCGGGGACGCCCCUGAGCUUCCGAUUCUAAUGGUGAAGACUGCUGCAGCUUCACCUCGCGGCCUCUCAAGAGCAGCGGAGAUCUCCAAAAUUCGAAGGUGGAUCUUUUUCUUCUUCGGCAGCCGUUUGUUUGAAGAGUCCAUUCUGCUCCUGCUCCUGCUGCUCCUCCUCCUCCUCCAGCCAAGUCUUCGGACCGCUUCCCCGUUCUCAUUUACGAUCUCGCCCCCCCUCCUCGUGCUCCCGCUCCUGCUGCUGCCAAGUGGGAUCCGGACGUCUGCGUUAUGAUUGCCGAAAGCUAGCGCGCUUACGUCACCUGCCAUCACCUCUCGUUGCCCUCGCUUGGUCUUUCCCUUCGCUUCCGUUCUCUUUCGUGUGCUCAUCCCAUCCCAUCCCAUCCCAUCCCCGCUGGGUUCGACUUCCAGUCGUUGAGCCCUGCGGUGCGUCGCCUCAAACUGCGCUGCGUGCCGCUCUCGAUUUUCUCCGGCCGCACUGGAGAUAAGGCAGACCUGCGUCUCAGCCUGCCGCAGGAUUACAACGGCCGGAUUGUUCGCGGAAGCUUCACGGACUUUUGCAUGCUUUCUGAACAUUCGAAAGUUGGCAUUGGCCUGUCAGAGAGACUUUCCACAUCUCGCAGAAAGAGAGAGAAAGAGAGGGCGAGCGGCGAGCGCAAGAGAGCAGCGGAGGGGUGUCUGGUCUGUCCGUCCGUAUGUCUGUCUGUCUGUCAGUCAUCAAGCCUGAUGGCCGGGGGUGCAUGAUUAUCAGGGCCGUAAGCGGGAUCAUUCGUCAUUCGUCAUUAGUAGACUAGCUGGUAAGAUCGUAAAGACAAGCGAUCAUUUCCACGGCCGCGCCGCCUCUCCUAAAAAGCUUAGCGUAUCCAACCAGCAUCAGCAGCGCUAGCGGCCGGUUUGCUACAGCAUUUUCCCCGCGAAGAUAGUAAGUGCGCUGCGCUGCGUCUCGAGCCGCUUUGCUCGCACACCCCGAGUGCGGGCUUGAGGCACCGACCUUUGCCUUAUUCGACUCGCCGGCGGUGCACCGACCGGGGGCUUAUAUAGUAGUCUCGACAUUCCACAUCCUUUCCAAUCGCCUCGACAUUUUUUGGCAAAUCCCUCGCGACCUCUGCAAGCAUUUCAGACUGGAUUGGAUCAACAAUCCCAAGCGGGCCAGGAUGGUCACGCCGAGUGACCAUCCGGGAGAUGAUCCGGGAGAUGAUCCUUGCACCGAAUUAGUCCUGUGUAAUCUCAAGGGCGAUUUCGGUGCGGUCGCCCUCGCGUGCAAGAUGGAGAUCGACUCGUCAGACGCUUUGGAUCCCUUGACGCAGCUCAGGUUGUGCACGAUGAUGGACGAAGGGGCGACGAUGGAAUCCAAGUGCAAGCAGACGCGGAGCGAGGCCGAGCUUCGGUCGACUUUGUGGAGCGCCUUGCCGGUGGAGAUUUUGGACCUCAUCCUGCAACGCGUUCCCGUCGAGACUCUCAUGAAGUGGCGUCGGGUCUGCAGACACUGGAGCUCCGCCAACAUGUCGUCUUACAUUACCGACACCAGACUGCACGACUCCGAAACUCUGCCCGUCGUUCGAAUCACCAGAAGCUCGUUUCGAUUCAAAAAGUCGGAUCACAAAUCUUUCGAGGUGGACACUUUCAAUUCAACGCGCGGAACGUGGGGAAAGCUCUUUCUAGGUUCCUUGGUGGCGCAUUUGUCCGCUCAGAGGGAAACUUUGGGCGAAUUUAGAUUCAUGACUGCAGGAGGCCUGGUGUUUGUGGUUUCCCGUAGCACUCGGCCGGACUCGCGUCUGGACAUCGCCGAGAGUGUCGAGGAUUUGAUUAUGACCGUUUACAACCCGGUGACGAGGAAGUGGAGGCAAAUUGAAGUGCCUUUCUGCACAGCGCAGGACCCACAGGUGAGCGCCCAAAAUCCGAAGAAGGUGCGGGUGAAUGCGGUGGGGAUGGUGGUCGAUAGGUUGCGGAGUAAGUAUUCGGUCAUAGCUGCUUGUUACUUCACGAACGAUGUGCAAAUUCUCGUGUACGAUUCGGUGAGUCGGUCUUGGGAGGACGGGGGGAAAAUUCCGUCGCAUUUCUCGCGUGGGUGUCUGGAUUUCAUCUACUCGGCCAUCUCGUCAGAAGGCAGGUUGUUCUUUCUCAAGAGGAGGCUGGUUUCGGCUCACGCCAGGGAGUACAAGGCGCAAAAGCGAAAUCCGCGGAUGCUAGAAUACAAUGUCGCCGAGAAAAGCUGGAGGGAGGUGACGUUUUUACCCAAGCACACAGGUGCAGGUAGGCCAUACCUAGUGGAAAAUAGAGGGGAUGUGUUGUACGUGGCGCGAGCGUCGUGGACGAAGAAGAGGGUUCGAUACAAUACCUGGUUUUUCUACAAGUUGAAGAGCAGGGUUGCGGACGGACCAGCAGCCUUGGCGUUGACUUGGGAGAAGGUGGGAGAGAUGCCCAUCGAGCUGCACGAGACAUUGAACAAGAGGAUCAAUCAAGGCGGAUUUUACACCUACGCUAUCGAAAUGUCGAUUGCGGGAAGCGGAGAUCGUAUAUACUUCUCCGGACCCGCACCCGUUGCCGAGCAGACUACUGUCGGGGCGAUGAUAUGGCGUGUUCUUGUACAUGAUUUGAAGGCGAAUACGUGGGAUUGGCUGCCGGACUACGUCCUCGAAGAUGGCAGACCGAGUCUGAACGUGGGCGAAUCUCUGUUGGUCACAUUGGAGCCAUCAUUCAUGAAAGUGUGAAUACAACCUUGCGUGACAUGCGAUCUGCCUUUACGAAUGGCCGAUUCUGGCCACAACUUUCGCACGGCAAGAUGGGCCUCUCCUCACGGGAUUUUUGCGAGAGCGAGAGCGAGCAGCGGGGUCACAGCCGCGCAACAAACAGCCAGAGAGUUGCCCUUCAUGUCCGUUCACGUGCAAUCGAUCUUUAGAAACUAAUCACGCAAUUUUGAAACGCGGGAUUUUGCCCAGAGUUUACGAAAUUCUGAAUGUUGGUGCGUAGAGUUGACAAGGUUUUUUCCCUUACGACUACCGAAUUCAUAGUGGUCUAACGCCUACAAUCAAUAUUUUGGCCUGUCUCUCAGAACCAUCUCAGAUAUAGAAUUCGGCGGAUGCAUAAGAUAGUCAGUCGGUACUUGGUUAGUUUAGGUAUCGUAGGUUUGAAUUAGUCAGACAAUUGAUCUGGAAAACCAGAUCCAUUAAAAGUGUAGAUUUUCAGCGUAGAUCUAGAGGUUGAGUCACCCCAGGGAAGCUCUUCAGUGGGUUCACAGAACGAUUCAGCAAAUAUACAAGACGAAGAUCCCAAAUCAAGGGAUGAGCGUUAGAUGAC